AUGUCGACUACCGUAUUUAAUAGAAUUUUGGACUUUAUGAAAGAUGAACCAGUAAAGCAUAUUACAGCAGGAUCGGUAAUUUAUAAAGGCACGGAAGAAGACCAAACAAUAUCAAAAGAUGAACUCUUAAAGUUGACGAUUAACGCAAUUCGGUCCAUGAAAAAUAUUGCUGGCGAAGAUUCUGAACGCUUUAGAAAGAUUUCCAAUAUUCCUUUAGAGUUCGAAUGUGCAUAUGAAACUAUCUGUAGUCUACGUGAUAUCAAGGCGUUGAAGACGAGUGAACAAGUUCCCCUUGAUGAUGAUACAAUAAAGAAAAAUAUACGAUCUUUACAAGGGAGACUUUUGAGCGAUUCAUCCCCCCUUUCUGUAGAACUCUAUCAAAACGUGAAAAAUAUUCCCAUUACAAACCUAACCUGGGAAGAUCCUCUAGCUAGUCGAGUCAUAAGUGAUGAUUCAAUCGUAGUAAAAAAGUUGUCAGCGAAACAGUAUCAAAAUUUUAUGAAACCAGCACGUAAUAUGGCCACCACACUCCCAGACUCGAUCCAAAAUAAAUGCCAUGAGUUCGUAUCAGGAUUUUCAGAAGAAUAUACUGAUGACCUAUGUAUAAAACUUAUGCAUAAUGGGAAAUGGAAAGAGUCGGAUGAAACCCUAAUAGGAGUUACACAGGAUAUUCUUGAUGUAGUGGCCGAUGUUUGGAUGAAUCCAGCAUUUGGACCGGAACUUAUGAAAACACAAAGUGAGGGAACGUAUGUAACAGAUGUAAUAAUCCCUUCGAUUCGGGCAUCAUUGAAAGGGCUACCACAUAGGCAAUCUGCAUUUAUCAGCACUGCGGAGCGACAAAGCAUUGCCAGCGCAGAUAGGAAAGGGGAUGGAUAUUUUGGAAAACGACCAGAUUUCAUGUAUUUACAAAAACGGGAGGGUAAGAUAUUUGAGCUUGUAUUUGGUGAAUGCUCACGUUUAUUAUGUAGCGAUAUCAAAAAAAGAGAAGAUGAAGUAAAAUUGUGGAGGGAAACAAACGAUGGUAUGUUUUGGGUACGACAAGGGUGUAAACCUGAAAAAGAUCAAUUUGGCAUUGUGGGGAUUCAAGUCGCAGGGACCGAAAUCCAGUUAAAUGUACUUAUCAGGGAUAACCUUGAUAUACAUCGAUAUUACCAUCUGAAAAAAACGCAAAUUCCUAUACAAUGGUCAGAUCCAACAUUAUCGACUCUACCUGAAUUUGUUGAAUUAUUGUUGAAUUUGCGGAAUAUUUUGGUCGUCAAUUUAUCUCUGUUAAUGCAAGUACCCACGAGUAAGACGCAUCGUGUCGAAAAAAGUACUACAGUAUCAUCACCUAGAGAAGAAACACCCGACAAACAAAAUAAAAAGAGGCAGAGACGAUCCAAGAAAACAUCAGGAUAUAAUGAGCAUAGAAAAAGCGCGUAUUUUUAG